GGGGACGAGUGGAGCGACGGCGGCGUGCCUCUGGGCUUCCGGGUGAAGGCGUGCUCCCGCGAGUCGGCGGGGCAGAAGGCGGCUAGCGUGCUGGAGGCCGACCUCCGCUCCCACUGGUCCACCGCCACCAACACCAAGGAGUGGAUCCUCCUCGAGCUCAACGAGCCGUGCCUCGUCUCCCACAUCCGCGUCUACAACAAGUCCGUCCUCGAAUGGGAGGUCACCGCCGGGCUGCGCUUCAAGCCCGAGGCCUUCGUCAAGGUCCGCCCGCGCGGCGAAGCUCCCAAGCGCGACAUGGUCUACCCGGCCAACCACACCCCUUGCCGCUACGUCCGCAUCUCUUGCCUGCGCGGCAGCCCCAUUGCCAUCUACUUCAUCCAGCUCACCGGAAUCCCCGUGCCUGGCCUGGAACCUGAAUUCCAACCUCUUGUCAACUACCUGUCACCACUAAUCUCUUCGUCUCAGAAACAAUCUCAUACUUCCCACAAUAUGCAUCUCCAGUUACUCAAAGACAUUGCAAGCAGGCUGCCGCCCUUUCUUCCCCAGAUUGAGGCUGACCUUAAUAGCUUCGCAGACACCCCAGAGAGCAGUGUUCGUUUUUUGGCUCUGCUUGCUGGCCCAUUUUACCCAAUCCUUCAACUUAUAAAUGAAAGGGAUGCUACAAAAACAUUGAUUAGCUCAGGUGAUUCAGAUAUCCUAAAGACUAGCCUGGCUUCUACUCCAGCCAUUUCCUCAAACUUCGAGGCACAACCUAGGAGAUCACGGAGUCCAUCUUCUGUUCAGUCUGCUUCAUGUAUGCUGGCAUUUCGAUCUGAAACUGCUAUACUGCUCUUAAGGAAAGCACACAAAGACAAAACCCUUGGAAUUGUUUGCCACCGAGCAUCAAGGGUGCUGCAAAAACUUUUGGAGCCUGAACCGUUCAUUGAUGAGCCGAUACCUAAUGGUAGCAUACUUUCAAGUCAAGUCAAUGAUGAAAUUCCUAAAAGUGAUGCUUCUAGCCUAUUAUUUUGUACAAACUACGCAAGUUUGUUUGGAGAAGAAUUUUCUUUAUCAGAAGACCACUUCGAUGUCUCUUUUCUGAAUAUUUUGGAUAUUUCUGCUGUUGAAGAAGGCAUUCUUCACUUACUUUAUGCAGCCGCAUCACAGCCUCAGCUAGGUUGCAAGCUUGCUGAAGUUACUUCAGACAUGUGGUCCGUCUUGCCACUUGUUCAAGCUCUUCUUCCAGCUCUUCGUCCUCCAUUCAGUUAUGGCCCUACCGAACAUAUUGAUGAUUGUUUUAGCCAAUGGAACCAUCCAGAUGUUCAUAGUGCUCUUUCCCUGAUUGUGACAAUGUCAGUAUCAACAUCAGCUUUUCAUCCUCUUCUCAGAGGCUGUGCUGGUUAUCUUUCAUCAUGCAUGUCAUCACAUGCAAAAGCAGCAUGUGUUUUGCUUGAUUUGUGCAGGGGACCAUUAUCACCUUGGGUGCCCAUGAUCACAACAAAGGUAGAUCUUGCAGUUGAACUUCUGGAAGAUCUCUUAGAUGUUAUCCAGGGAGUUGGGCAAUCUCUUGCCCGUUCUCGUGCAGCCCUGAAGUAUGUUGUAUUGGCAUUAUCUGGGAAUAUGGAUGAUGUUCUCACAGAAUACAGAGAAUUUAAGCAUAAAUUACUUUUCAUUCUGGAGAUGAUAGAUCCUUAUAUUGAUCAUGCUAUGAGUGUCAUGAAAGACACACUAUCAUUUGGUGGUGUCUCUGCUGCCUACCUGGAUAAACAGGAAAAAUCUUGCAAUAUUGCCUUAAACAUUAUUCGUACAGCUGCAAAGAGUCCUGCUGUACUCCCAUCUUUGGAACUUGAAUGGCGGCGAGGUGAUGUUGCCCCAAGUGUACUUCUUUCUAUCUUGGAUCCUCAUAUGCCACUCCCACCGGACGUUGACCUCUGCAAAAGUUCAAUGUCUGAGGUUGAUCAAGCAGCUUUGACUGUGUCAAAUUCUCCAGCAACACAUUCCUGCAACCCUGAAGAUGUUGAAGGGCGAGAUGCAUCUGACACCGUGAGGGUAGAAUGUUUUGAGCAGUGCAAUUCCUUAUUUGCUCCGGAAGAACUGAAGCAAUCUGAGUUGAGAAAUACUUUGCGACAAGGCCAUAAUAAAGUAACUACAAUUUUGGACCAGAACAUUCCUGAGGGCAGAAAAAACAAUACAAAAUUACCUCCUUGCCUUUUGCAGCUGGAUAAUACUGUUGCUUCUGAUUACAAUGAUGUCCAGGCUGAUUAUCUACAACUGUUGAACCACAAGGAGUGUGAAUUAAGAGCUCUAGAAUUUCGCCGCUUAGCACAGAAUCUGUGCAUGCAACAAGAACCAACAAUUGAGGGGCAUAAUGCCGGAAUUGAUGCUUUGAUAUUAGCUGCAGAAUGCUAUGUUAAUCCAUUCUUUCUCCUUGAUUUAAGGCUUAAUUCAGAGCCUCUGGAUCGAAUUGAACUUGCUCAUUCAGAGUUGAGACAAGGGAAUGCUUCCUUUGACUUGAAAGGUUUGCGUGUGAAAGAUUUAGAUAUAGUAGCAGCCAACAGUUUGGAGAACAAACGGGAUAGAGCCGUCCUAGAUCUACUCCUGCAAGCUGCAAGAUUUGACUCUGAAUACCAGAAAAAGAUACCCGAUGGGGAAAUUUAUCCAAAUGAUGCUGAAGAUGACAACCAUGCUAUAGAAAUUUCACCAGAAGCUACAUACAUUGUUGAUGCUGUAACUUUGGUCAGGAAGAACCAAGCUCUGCUUUGUCACUUUAUUAUGAAGCAAUUUCAAAGGAAGGGGCACUCAUCUAAUGAAAUUCUUCUUGAUAGCUUGUUGUUCUUGUUGCACUCAGCAACUGAUCUAUUUUGUCCACCAGAUAAUGUGAUUGAUAUCAUAUUGAAAUCUGCUGAAAACCUCAACAGACAGCUUACGUGUCUUUACAGUUCUGUUAAUGCAGGGGAUAAAAAAUUGGAUAAGGUAAAAUUGCAUGGUCUACAGAGACGUUGGGCACUUCUCCAGAAGCUGGUUCUGGCUUCAUCUGGUAGUGAUAAUACUAGAGAACUCGUCAGCAUUAGAAAAGAUGGUUUUCGUUUUAGAAGCUUGGUUCCUCCAUCAGCAUGGAUGCAUAAGAUAUCAGAAUUCUCCAAGUUGUCUAGCCCACUUGCUCGGUUUCUUGGAUGGAUGGCAGUGUCACGUUAUGCCAAGGAAUAUUUAAAUGGAAAACUGUUUCUUGCUUCUGAUUUCUCACAGCUUACAUCUUUGCUGUCAAUUUUCACUGAUGAGCUUUGUUUGAUGGAUGGAGUUGCAACUCAGAAGGUCAAGUCUGCUAACAUUGAGCAAUCUGAUUGCAACAAAUACUUGCUUCUUAAGCAGGAAACUUCAUUUUCAGAUCAACCAAGCGCGAACAAACUGUUUCAGAUCUUACUUCCUGAACUGCAUUUCUUCUUUCCAAGCAUGAGCAGGUUAUUCCACACAUUUGGAGAGAGCAUUUUGGAAGCUGUAGGGCUGCAGUUAAAAUGUCUCCCCAAAAGCGCAGUACAAGAUAUUCUUUGUUGGUUUUCUGAGAUGUGCUUGUGGCCUUACCUUGAAAGCAUUAAGGAGCAUCUCAUACUUGCUAACGAAGUUAGUUGUUUGAGAGGAAAUAUUGCUGCUAAUGUUAAGGCUGUUGUUUUCUAUCUACUUGAGUCAGUUGUUGCUGAGCACUUGGAGGCUAUUGUUCCUGAAAUGCCAAGGGUAGUGCACAUUCUUGUUUCACUUUGUAGAGCUUCUUAUACUGAUGUAGCCUUCCUUGACUCUGUGCUGUGUCUGAUGAAGCCACUCAUAUAUUACUUCUUAAGGAAGGGAACUGGUGAUGAAAAGGUGAUGGGCCAGAUAACUGACUGCAGUGAUUUUGAGUUGAUUUGUUUUGAAGAACUGUUUGAAAUUAUCCGGUGUUGUAAACAUUCAGAGGAUGCAGCUGGUGAUAAGAUUCAGGUUCCGUUGCUGAUCUUUAUUCUGGGGUCUCUGAUUCCUGAUCUGUCCUUUAAGAGGAGGAUUGAGAUAUUGGGCUCCUUGUUAGAAUUGGUAGACUGUAUCAGCUCAGACCCGCCAUCACUUUUGUGUAGUUAUCUUCAAGGCUUCCAUACACUUAUUGAUGGUUGUGUAACUAUACUAGUUCAGAAUAUUGAGUUACUUGGUAUCAGCAUCCUUUCUAUGAGAAACAAGUCUGGAGGUUCUGCACACUCCUUAAGUGGGGAUGCCAUGAUGCAACUUGAGAAGAAUGUGCAAGAUAGUGCAGAGCAGGUGCUAGUGACGUCUGCAGACGAUGCAGAAAACUCUAAGGGUGUUGAUGCUCCACCUGCUGGUUGCAUCAUAGACUUUUGUGAUGCCCUGGAGAAACUCAUUUCACACCUUAUCCCAUCCAUCGAAGGUAGUUGGAAAUGUCACCACCAGUUGGCCUGUAGGCUGUCUUUAUCGCUUGCAAAAUGUUUGCUCUAUGCGAAAUGCCUAAGAUCUGUUACUCAAGGAAAUGCAAUUUCUAGUAGCACCAGACAAGAGGUGGAGAUUGCACAAAAACACUGGGAGAGUGCUCUUGAAGGUCUUGCAGAAAUCAUUUUAGAAAAUCAGGAAAAGCAGUGCUGGCAGGUGGCAUCCACUAUGCUUGACUAUAUGAUUAAAUUGCCUAAUGUUCUUGCUUGGGGUACUGUUCUUAGUGCCACAUGUUCUGCAAUCGAGCACCUUUGCUCUCAUGCACCUAGGAUAUCUUGGAGACUACAGACAGAGAAGUGGUUAUCUCUAUUGGUUUCGGAUGGAAUUGAAGACCUCAAGAAUAGUGAAACCUCAUUGAUUAAUCUCUUCUGUACAAUGUUGAGUCACGCUGAACCAGAACAACGCUCUAUUGCAUUGCAGCAACUUGGGAGGAUUACUAACUUGGCGAGUACUGCUGAAGUCACUUUGCAAUAUCCUUCUUUUGAUCAACAUAUGCUUGCAUCUGGUUCAACAGUGACAUCCCAUCUGGUUACUCAUACAUGGAAUAGGAUAACAGCAUUGGCUCUCUAUGACUCUUCAAUGAUUUUAAGGAAGCAUGCGAUGGCUUUGCUUACUGAAUAUGUUCCAUUUGUUGAUAGAGAUCAUCUGCGGUCAUUUUUUGCAUCAAGUAACAGCAUCCUGAAUGGUGUGGGGCAGCUUUCCUAUGUAAUAGAAGAGGGUUAUUUGACACGAAUGUCCUUGCUGUUGCUUUCGAAGGCAUGUGUUUAUUCUUCUUCUGAAGAUAUCGCUUUAAUACCUGAUUGUGUUUGGAGGAAAUUGGAAAACAUGCAAGCAGCAGUAACUGGAGGUUUUGGUGACGUCGAGAAAGAUCUCUGCCAAGCUCUAUGUCAGCUAAGAAAUGAAUCUGAUGCUAAAAUGGUUGUAAAAGAACUUCUCGUAGGAUCUACUACAAAACCAGUCAAUACUGAUUAUAAGGGCAUCCGUGAAUCAAUUCUUCAGGUUUUGUCCUCUUUGAGUUCUGUUGAGUCAUACUUUGAGUUCUUCUCAAUCAGCUCUGAUCAGGAAUAUCAGGAACUUGAAGAAGCUGAGAUUGAGUUGGAGCUUAUUGAAAAGGAGAAAUCAGUUCCAAAAUUUGUUGGAUAUCCCCAGGAUAUUGUGGUUCCUGAUGUAUCAUCCUAUUAUAAGGAUGGUAGUGAAGUUAAUAAACGGCUUCAGCAGAUCCGUGCAGAUAUACAGUCCCUGGAACGAUCCAGGCUCAGAGACGAAAUUAUAGCACGCCGGCAGAAGAAGCUACUUAUCAGACGAACUCGUGAAAAGUACUUGGAAGAGACAAGCUCUAGGGAAAUGGAGCUUAUGCAAGCGCUUGAUAGGGAAAGAACUAUUGAGAUGGAGCGUGACAUUGAAAGGCAGCGACAGCUGGAUCUUGAGCGUGCUAAGUCUAGAGAACUCCAAUAUAACCUCGAGAUGGAAAGAGAGAAACAAACUCAGAGAGAGCUUCAACGAGAGUUGGAGCAAGUUGAGCUAGGGCGUUCAUCAAGACGGGAGUUCUCGGCCAACCCCAACAGUCGGACCAGGGAAAGAUACCGUGAAAGGGACAACGUUAGAAGUCCACAGCAUGAUGGAAGCCGCAGCCAAGGCCAUGAGGGUCAACCGACAGUCGUGGUGGGCGCAUCAAGACCAUCGUUUCCUACAAUACUGCAAUCUCGCGACCGUGGAAGCGAUGGCUACGAGGACAAUGCAGAGGGAAGUAGAGAUUCCGGUGGUGAUACUAGCAGCAUGGGAGAUCCAGAAUUUGAUGGGCCAGGGUCAGGCAUGAGGCAUGGGACACGAUCUGGCAGCAGCAGGUCAUCAAGGCCUGUUGUAGAGCGGAGAGAGCGAGACGGUAGACGAGAAGGCAAAUGGGAGCGGAAGCAGUAGAGGAAGUCUAGGAAGGCGAGCGAAGAAGAUGGUAGCCAAACACCGAGAAGGCUAUUGGUGGUAAUCAGUAGUCCUCUUGUAAAGGGUGAAUCAUGUAAGGCUUCUUGCUCCACCAACUGGCAUCGAGCGUGCUGUGCAUGUUGGAUCCUCCUGUAUGAAUAUAUGAACCAAAUGGGACUGGAAGCAGUGGAAGAACUCAGGAAGGCGGGCCGAAGGAGAUGGUAGCCAUGGAGGCAAGCAUGGAGAAGGCUACUCGUGGUCGUCGGUUAGUCCUCUGGUAAAGGGUGAAUUAUGUGUAAAAGGCAUCUUGCUCCAUCAACUGGCAUCUGUACUGUAACCAAAUCGAGUGUGCUGUGCAUAUUGCAGAGCUGUGCAUGUAAAUUUGCCCUGGAACAUAGUAGCAUCAGUGUACAAGGUGGACAAAUCGGAAAUAGGGAGAUUGUGGGCUGAUUGAUUGCACCACACCAGACUGACAGCAACACACAACAAACUCAUUGCUGUUCUGGGGAAAGGAAUGAAUACAUCACUAUCAUUUGGUACUCCAUAAAUGUUUUGAACAAAUAAUAUACUAUGUAGCUAUCCAGCUUGAUUACAAUCGCAGACAUGCAUAUAUAGUGUUUGGAUAA